CACUGUAUUUUUCGUCGUCGCGUGCCUCAUCGCUACUAGAUGGAAUCAAGCAGUCAGGUGGAGAGGAGCAAAGAUUUGCGUGUUCGCUUACUGCCGUGCGGCUUGCUGCGGUGUUGCCUUCUACCAUCGCGUCAGUUUGCCGAGUACGUUCACGGCUACAGGCGCCUUCGUUCGGCGGGCUUUUCCGUGCCUCCUGACUUCGAAGAAUGGCUCGCCGCAGGUCGUCGUCCUCUGCGUCAUCCAUGCACUGCACAGAGCUGACGCUGGAAGACUAUGACCCCAGGCCUGAUGAGGAACUGAUCUGCGUCAUCUGCCACUCUGUGCUGAGUGAGCCUGUUGAGUGCCACUGCCGCCACGUCUUCUGCCGCCGCUGCAUCUCUGAGUGGGUCCGCAAAAACAACAGCUGCCCUGUGUGCCGCAAGCGAGCCAUCUCGGCCUUUAUGCCUGCUUUGCCUCUGAUACAAAACAUGGUCAACCGUCUCAAGGUGAAGUGCCGAAAUUCUGGCUGUGAUGCCCGUGUACCUGCCGAAAAUUUUGCGAACCAUGUGAGUACCUGUGAGUUUCACGAAGUGAGCUGUCCGCAUGAGGCGUGCGAGCACCGGUGCCCGCGUCGUGCGCUGGAGUCUCAUGUGAAGCAGUGCCCACUUCGUGAAGUCACAUGCGAACAAGGCUGUGGACUUGUGCUCACGCGAGACCGUCUUAAGACCCACAGCUGCGUGGAUGAACUCAAGCGUAAGCUAGAUGAUGCAACAUCUGAGCGCGAUGACUGGAAACGGAGGGCUGAGGACACGGCACAAGCCUUGAACAGGCUUCGGGACACAUUGCGCCGAUUGGGGGACAGUGUGGAGGGUCUGCAGAACAAUCUCGGGGACCUUGGAACGCGGCUUCGUUGUGCCGAGACUAUGGCAGCAUCGGGCCAGCGCGGGCACCGGUCAACAGCAGCACUGAGGACAGGCAGAACUGUACACGAUGGCUUUGUUAGAAGCAGCAGCUUAUAUCCUGGCGUUCUCUUCGGUACACGGACAGCUCAACUCCUGGAAGAGAUUGAAAGCGAUUCGGACCGCAGCUGGAGUCCACACUCAGAUGGUUCGCACGAGUCUCUUGAGAUUUUUGUUGAUUUUAACAGUUGAGCAAGUGCAGUCUUAUCAGCUUAGCUUAGAAGCUGCUUACACUUUGUGCUUAUGAGUUAUAGAAAUUUUGGCUUUGUUAAGCUUCCACAAUUGCCCAUAUCAGUUUUUCUUGCUGAUUUGAAGACACCACAUUGUUUCUCUUCUUUUUUUUGCCAUGUUGUUUUCCUGUUAAUAACUACCCUAACUGCAUUCUUACAGCAUACUCAGAAUCAACAAGUCAUAUAAGCAGUUGCUUGCAAUGUAGAACCAUGCUUCUAGUUAGUUGGAGAUGUAGUCUCAUGUAGGUUCGUUAGAAGGCCGUGUGUAUAUUUUAUAUUCAUGAUUAGUCAAGGACAGGACAGUAGUGCCAAUCGCCUUUUUCAAAGUUUGCAUAAACAGUUCUUUUGUGUUCAGGGUUCCGGUUCCUGUUUGAUACCCUGACAAUACAGCUGCCAAAAGAGAUUGAAAGAAAUUGCCACAUCUGGGGCUCGGAUUUUAGCAGUUUUAUCAAAUGACAAAAAUGUAUAGCUCUUUAUUUGUUUUAGUGGAAGAGGCAGGAAGCACGUAGGUGCAAUUGUAUUCUUCUUAAUGCCUAUAAAGAAAGUUGUUGAAGUGGUGCUGCAGUUUUAUGAUUGUUACUGAAAAAGCUGAACACAAAUAUCUGAUAGCCUAGCAUCAAAAUUUUAUUGGCACGAGACAACACUGCACUUACACAUCUCAUCUUUUAUUUUAGUGCAUACAUGGUUUCUUUGCAUGAAAUUUGUGACUGACGGAUUUUGUUAUCAUAGUUUCCUGUUUGGAGCUCAACGUUGGUGGCCUUCAGCCACAAAUGCUAUGAGACUUGUCAUGUAUACCGGAGAAUGUGGUAGCAGGCAAUGGGAGAGUAUUGCAAUCAGGUUGUCAGAACAAAAUUUUUUUCCUUCUGGUUUUAAUUUUGUUCCACUGAAAAAUGUUCUGUUCUGUUUCUGCUCCAGAGCAAAAAAAAACAAUAUUAAACAAUGAUCUGUAACGGUUCAUAACAGUUUUGGUUUGCAUGUAAAAUUUUUUGAAGCAAAGUAACAAUAAAAACUUUAUUUUUCAGAAUAAGCGAAUUAUGAAUUCUGAGCCCAGAAGCAGCACUUCAUGAAGUGUACCGAUAAAACCAACUUAAACGAACAUAAAUGAAUGAUAUAAAACUGGUAACAGAACGUGCUACCCAUAGAAAACGAAACGGCAAGCUUUUGAGCACUCAAGCCAUGGGUUCUGCUGUGUUGCCGAUCUGCUAGUGCACCGACGCUCGGAGCAAUAGGCUUAGAUUAGUGGAGUGCUCGACCGGCUGUCGCUCAGAUUUCUGACUUUUCCCUUGAAGCGAAAACCUAUAAAAAAUAUUUUGGUUUCACUCCAAAACAAAAUAACAAGUAAUGUUUUGUUUAAGUUCUUGUUCCAGGCAAAAAUUUAUUUUGUUUCUUGUUUUCGUUAUUCUUCCGUUCCGACACGUUGGUUGCAAUCGAGGGGACAGUUGGUACAACUAAAUGUGUACAUAAUAUGUGGGCUCGCUUUACUGGACAUGCUCAAAUCGUCAUUCAAAGAGUUCCAUGACAUUCAGCUAUGAACAGCACAGGGCUUUUUGUAAGAAAAACCUUUGUGAGAUCUGGAUAUGUGUCCUUGUGCACACAAUUUGAGAAGUAUUGCUUCCGCCUGUAAAAGGGCUGCUAUAAUUAUGUGAAGCAUUUGUGUGAAAGCGUAGACAUUUCAAAUCAGAGCAAAAAUCUCUUUUGUCUUUGUUAAAUCUCAGUAUUGUUCAGUCUCAGUGCAUCAGGAAAAUACUCUUCACUUGACUGUUGUGACACUCCUUUCAUGCCAGGUUAGAGUUAUUAAUGUCAGAAAGCUGGAUUGUUGUUUACUCUGCGUACUAUUUAGUCAACAAUAACUUUAACUCCAAGAAAAUUGACACUGGUGUAAAUUAAUGCAAUGCUGGAUGUCACCACUCUCAGGGCUGGGGUGUGGAGGACAUUUCAACUGGUUGAGUGUUGCAUGUGGUAGUUGCUUUCCUUGCACACCGCUCAAGAUGUUCCCAAGGAAGAUUUUCUUAUUGUAGUCAGUGUCAAAUACUGCGACUUGGUAUUUAUGCAUCCAAUACAAAAUUUACUGAGGAGUCGUGGGUGUUAAUAACUGAGGACACUUGUUGAGCCUACACUUCUCAAAUGUGGAGCUUACUACGCAUAUUUGAUGACAUUAUGCAAGGACCACAAAGGAAAGGAGGAGAGAGAGAGAGAAAUGCAAAGGAAAGAAGGGAGGAGCAUUACAGCAUGUGUUUAUUGUAAGAUGAGGAUUGUGUUGCUGUGUGUUAGUGGUGCUAUCAUAGUACGGUUGCAAGGCUGGCAUGCUUGAGGUCUUGAGCUCUAUAAAUUUUGCUAUGACAUGAAAUAAUGACCUGAUGCUGGAACAUGUUUUUCUACCAUACACCUACAUAUGAAGCUGGAAUAUAUAUCUCUAAGCUUUCCCGAUUAAACUUUUGUUAUUUUGUGUGUUGCAGUAUGCUCUGGGUGGCAUUCUAGCUGUAGCUUUAAGCGGACUGGAAGUUGCUUCUUCUGUGCAGGCUUGAGUAAUGCAGGUUGUUUUCAGGCUUGUCAUAAUGGAUAGUGGUUUCCCACCUGUUUUGAGCAUUUCAGUGUAUUUGUGAUAUAUUUCAUUUAAUACAUUAUUUUACAUUGAUUUUCUUUUACAUGUGCUUCCUUUUUUUUUUCUGUUUGUGGUAGUAAUGUAGCUGAAAGAAUGAAAGAGCGAAAAAGAAAGUUGGCGUGUUAAUCAGGUAGAUCUUACCUUGUUGUGGAUCAAAUCUGAGUAUCAGAAUGCACAUAGUGCAGAAUUGUACUGAGUGAAUUGUUGUAUUCAAAUUGUUUCUUGUACCUUGUUGUGGAAUAAAGCCAAGUAUCACGA